UAAUUACUACAUGUGACAAUCACUUGAGCACUUUAAAUUUCUUUGUGCUAAAAUUAAUUUCUUUGCAGCAGAUUCUGAAGUUUAAACUUGAUGUCCACAAGCUUGGUCGAACUAUAAGUUCCAUGUUUCUUUCUCCUUUCCACGUGAAAAUUGUCUCCAUUUUCAUGAUAAUUGUAGUAUUUAUUUGCUCAAACUGAAACUGCAUAGUGGGAUGUCAAACUGUAGUUUUUAUUUGCUGAAACUGAAAAUAGAUAGUGGACCUGAAAUUGUAGCAUUUAUUUGAUGAAAAUGGGCGUGAAUAGUGGGAUGUGAAACUGAAAAGUCAGUGUGAAACUGAAACUAGAUAGUGGACUUGAAACUGUAGCAUUUAUUUGAUAAAAAUGGACGUGAAUAGUGGGAUGUAAACUGAAAAGUUAGUGUGAAAACUGAAAACUGCAUGCUCAGCUAGCAGUACUAUAUAUGCUAAGCCUACACCUCUAUAUGCACAGCCAAGACCUCUAUCUCUCUCCUCUUUGCCUACUCCUAAUGUCUCACCAACCACCAAGUGAUGUUGAACCUCAUGACGAGGAUGCUCACCAAUCACCAACCAGCAUAGACCCAGAAGAUUUAUACACGGAUGAUGAAUUUGUAGCCGAGCAAGAAGUAUUAGAAGACCUGCAAGAUGAAAUAGUUGCAGAUUUGAGUACUGAAAUUGAAAGGGUAGAAGGGAGGAAACGGAACAGUGGUCCAAGGAGAUAUUUGGCAAGGCCUCGUGAAGAAGCCAAUCAGCGGCUUAUGCAGGAUUAUUUCACAGAUAUUCCUGUCUAUAAUUCAGCAAUCUUUCGUCGAAGGUUUAGAAUGAGGAGGCCCUUGUUUCUGCGUAUUGUUGAUGCCCUCGGUGAGUGGAAUCCUUUUUUCACCUUAAGAUUGGAUGCUCUUAAUCGCCCUGGGUUGUCUCCAAUUCAAAAAUGCACUGCUGCUAUAAGGCAGUUAGCAAACAGAAGCCCUGCAGACCAGCUUGAUGAGUAUAUUAAGUUUGGUGAAAGUACUGCUGUAGAGUGUUUGAAGAGAUUUGUUCUGGGAGUGAUUCGAGUAUUUGGGACAGAGUAUUUGAGGCGACCAACGGUAGAUGAUGUUGACCGCUUGAUGGCUAUCGGUGAGCGUCGUGGGUUUCCUGGUAUGCUAGGGAGUAUAGAUUGUAUGCAUUGGCACUGGGAAAAAUGCCCUUAUGCAUGGAAAGGGAUGUAUACCCACGGUGAUCAUGGUGUGCCUACUAUCAUUCUAGAGGCAGUUGCUUCGCAUGAUCGUUGGAUAUGGCACACUUUUUUUGGUGUUGCUGGAUCCAACAACGAUAUCAACGUGCUCAACCAAUCUGAUUUGUUUGUCGAGCAGCUGAGAGGAGAAGCUCCUAAGGUGCAGUAUUCUAUCAAUGGAAGAGAAUACAAUAUGGGUUAUUACCUAGCAGACAGAAUAUAUCCAGAGUGGCCUGUUUUCGUGAAGUCUAUCCGUGAGCCACAAUCGGAUAAACAUAAACUCUUUGCACAGCAGCAAGAAGGGGCCAGGAAGGAUGUUGAAUGCGCCUUUGGCAUUUUGCAGUCUCGUUUUUGUAUUUUGCGUCGACCAGCACGUCUCUUUGAGCAAGGGGAUCUUGAGAAUAUCAUGCUUGCUUGUAUAAUGCUCCACAAUAUGAUAAUUGAAGAUGAGAGGGAUAUAGAGCAGGUUCCACUUGAUUUGAAUGAGGAAGCCAGCGCAUAUACUGUUCAAGAAGCUACAAUCUCUCAUGGAGAGAAUCCAGAGAUGGAAGACGUGCUUAACAGAAAUUUCAUCUUACAUGAUCGCCAAGCAUACAAACAACUUCAAUCUGAUUUAAUUGAACAUAUUUGGCUAAAGUUUGGGAAUUCAAAUAGGCAAAAUAAUUAGAUGAUGAUAUCGAGCUUGAUGGAUUUUGAGGGAGAUUUGCAACCUGAUGGCUUCUGGAGGACUUCUGAACCUACCUGAGAUGAUGCUGUGCAAUUGAGAUGAUGAUUGAUGACGUGCAACCUGAUGAUGCCACCUUAUUAUUUUAUACUAUAUUAUGUCAUGAACUUUAGUUAUUUUAUUGCCCAGCUAUAUGGACCUACUUUACUUUACUAUGCAUGUUAUGAACUUCAGUCCUUUUGUUAUGAACUAUAUGUAUGAGAGAUGAUGGAUGAUGCUACCUAUAUAUGGUUCUCGCAAGUGUGUUGGACAGCAGCAAUAUUGCAGUUUCUUUU